AUUAAACUUGCAAUGUAAGACACUAGACUCUUGGGGCUCUACGGCAUGUUCCCGCCAUUUUUUCCCUCUCCAACCUCCAUUACUAAAACUUGAGCUUACUUUGGGUAUGUUCAGACAUUCUUCCUCCAUUCUCAUUCUUCGCCCACUCAGUUUCAAACCCAAUUAUUCUUCCUUAAUAUCUUUCAAUUUCUCUGUAAAUUUCAAGGUUCGAGCGAUGUCGUCUCAAUCAAAACCACCUUCAGCUUUCGAUAAACUCAUGUCUAACGCUCGUAAACGUAGUAAAGCUGCUGCCGAUGCUAAGAAGAAUUCCAAUUCUUCAAUCACUAAUUCUUCUCCGAAAAAAAGCAAAACCCAAGACCCAAUUUGCCCUACUUCAGAAAACCCUAAUUCAAACAAAACCCUAGAAUCGAAUUUGAAUAAACCCAUUAAAUCUUCUCCAGAAAAACAUCAAACCCAAGACCCAAUUUCCCCUAUUUUAGAUAACUCUAAUGGGAAGAAACCUAUAAAAUCUAACUCCAAAAAAGUGGAGGUUAAUGUAGAUGAAUUUGUUAUCAAUUUGAAGAAAAAACCCGCUAAUUUCGACCCAAAAUCAGCAGCUUGGUGGGAGGAUGGUGAAAAAGUUCCGUUUCUUUUUCUUGCAAAGGCAUUUGAAUUGAUUAAAGGCGAAUCUGGUCGGAUCGUGAUUACUGAUAUUACUUGUAAUCUUUUGAGGACCGUGAUUUCCAAGACUUCUGAUGAUCUUUUGGCGGUUGUUUAUCUUUUGGCCAAUAAGAUUGCUCCUGCUCAUCAAGGUUUGGAGCUUGGGAUUGGAGAGGCUUCGCUUAUUAAGGCACUUGCCGAGGCGUGUGGAACUAGUGAAGCUGUGGUUAAGAAGAAGUAUCAGGAUUUAGGUGAUUUGGGGGAUGUUGCUAAAGAAAUUCGUUCUAAGCAAAGCAUGAUGAUGAAACCUCCUCCUUUGACUAUUGCUAAAGUUUUCAAUACAUUCCAUCUUAUCGCUCAGACAUCUAAUCAGGGUAGUGCAGAAAAGAAAAAGAACUAUAUCAAAUCACUUAUUGUGGCUGCCAAAGAUUGUGAGCCUGUAUAUUUGAUACGGCUGCUUCAGGCAAAAUUGCGGAUCAGUCUGGCAGAGAAGACUCUUCUUACUGCCCUGGGACAGGCUGCAGUAUAUUCUGAAGAACACUCGAAGCCCCCUUCUGAUAUUCAAUCACCACAAGAAGAGGCUGGAAACAUAGUGAAACAAGUAUACUCUGUGGUUCCGGUGUAUGAUAAAAUAAUUCCUGCUCUUCUCACUGAUGGUGUAUGGAAGCUAUCAAAGACUUGUACCUUUACACCUGGUAUUCCUAUAGGACCUAUGCUAGCAAAACCAACAAAUGGAAUAUCAGAAAUAAUAGAUAAAUUUCAAGAUAUGGUCUUUACGUGCGAGUACAAGUAUGAUGGAGAACGUGCUCAAAUUCAUUUCAUGGAAGAUGGUUCUGUCGAGAUAUACAGCCGAAAUGCCGAGCGGAACACGGAAAAGUAUAUUGAUGUUGUUGAAGAACUUCCAAGGUUUAAGAAGCCUUCUGUGAAAUCUUUUGUUUUGGAUUGUGAAAUUGUUGCUUAUGAUCGUGAGAAGCAAAAGAUUCUUCCUUUUCAGAUACUUAGCACCCGUCCUAGGAAAAAUGUCGUAAAGAGUGAGAUAAAGGUAAAUGUUUGUGUCUACGCUUUCGACAUAUUGCAUUUGAACGGAAAACCUCUUCUCCAAGAACAAUUGAAUGUUCGCAGACAGCAUCUUUAUGAUUCAUUUGUGGAAGAACCCGGGUAUUUUCAGCUUGCCACAGCACUUGCAUCUAAUGAUCUUGAGGAAAUUCAGAAGUUUCUUGACGCUGCUAUUGAUGCCAGUUGCGAGGGGUUGAUUAUCAAAACAUUGGAAAAAGAGGCCACCUAUGAGCCUUCAAAGCGAUCUAAUAACUGGCUUAAAUUGAAAAAGGAUUACAUGGACAGUGUCGGGGACUCUCUGGAUCUAGUGCCUAUUGGAGCAUUCCAUGGUCGCGGGAAACGAACAGGGGUUUACGGUGCUUUCCUCCUUGCUUGUUAUGACAGUAACAAUGAAGAGUUCCAGAGCAUUUGCAAAAUAGGGACCGGUUUUUCUGAGGCAGUGCUUGAAGCACGUUCGUCCAGUCUUCGUUCUCAAGUGAUAAAUGAACCAAAGCCAUACUACUGUUUUGGAGACACCCUUAAACCAGAUGUCUGGUUUGAGCCUGUCGAGGUAUGGGAGGUCAAAGCAGCUGAUUUGACUAUUAGUCCAGUUUACUGCGCUGCAGUUGGUGAAGUAGAUCCUGGCAAGGGGAUUUCACUCCGGUUUCCACGUCUGGUUCGUAUCCGAGAGGAUAAAUCUCCAGAGGACGCCACAUCAUCUGAGCAGGUGGCGGAUAUGUACAGAUCUCAAGCAAACAAUCCACACCGAAAAAAGAAGGAUGAUGUGGAAGAAGACGACUGAUAUAAGACACAAAACCGAAUUAAAAACUGAUCUAAAUCACCUAACUUGAAACGGAUCCAUUUAUCCGAAUGAACACGUCUAUUUGCAAAGAGUAGAGCAGCUGUGCUAUGCCUGUAGAGCAAGGUAAGAAGUUUCUACACGUUUAAGACUUGGAAGUUGGAAGGAAAUAAGAUUGUUAGGCAACACCUACGUUACUGUACGGCUAUUAAUAUUAUCAUUGAAUUUUUUAGUGCUCACAUACUUAUCCCUUUUAUCAUUAGUAUUAUACUUAGUUUUGGUUGUACAAUCACAUAAUAGUAUAAUACCACUUUCCAUUUCUAAUAGUUUCUACUGUCUUUUUAAUAAUUAUUGUUCAUUAAUUGAUCUUAUUUUUAACUUAAUAUAUAUUUUCAUAGUAUUAAGGGAACCAAUAGAAACAAUUAACAAAGCUCUCUAUACGGUGGAAAAGGGUGGACUAAAUAAUUGGAAAAAGAUGAAAAAGACCAAUAAAAAGGAGCUGUGAAAAU